AUGGCUGCAGCUGGUGGAGUCGGCGAGUCGGAGAGGUACCUUUCGAAGGGUUCAAAGGGCGAGGCGACGUCGUGGGGCCAUCCGCAGGCCUGUUCGGCAGUGCUCUGCCCGCGGCGCCGCACCGUAGACCACUCUGUCACCGCCGUGGCAGAAGGCAGUGGGCCGCCUACUACUGUGGAUGCUGAAAACGGAUCCAGCCACCCCUGCCCAAGGGCUGCCCAGGUCACCCGCCCCACCGUCUCACAAUGGCGACCCACUGGAGAGCCCUACCUACAGGUUCCUGCAACGCACCCGUCGGUCUGUCUCUCAGUCGCUGGCCCGCUGGAUACUGGCCCUGGCCUGGCUGCCAUGCAGUGCGACACAACCCGCCUGGCCAUCCCCCCAACCCAAAAAAACCCAAACCCAGGCCGCGCUCUUUAA